UAAAAACGUGUGCUUGAAAGCUGAAAUCUUCACGGGAAAUCUAGAGACGGCGAAGGGAAAAGAAAAGAAAAGGAUGACACUUUCGUCAGAUCCAUCAUCAUCUUCAUCCAUGUAUCACACGAAUCCACUCUCCGUCGUGUAAUUCCAAUACCUGAAACCCUCUCUUCCAUAAAACAAAAAAACAAAAAAAAAAGAGUAGUUUUUUUAGGUUAGGUGAAAAUAACAAUGGAAUCAGAGCUCAAAGAUAUGAUUUCGAAUCCACCUUCGAGCAAAGAGGAACGGCCCUUACUGAAAUCAGAAUCCGAUUUGGCUGCUGCCAUUGAAGAGCUAGACAAAAAGUUCGCACCUUACGCGAGGACGGAUUUGUAUGGGACGAUGGGUUUGGGUCCUUUCCCGAUGUCGGAGAAGAUUAAGUUGGCUCUGGCAAUGGUGACGCUUGUUCCACUGCGGUUUCUUCUCUCGAUGAGUCUCUUGCUUCUGUAUUACCUGAUUUGUAGGCUUUUUACGCUGUUUUCUGCUCCUUAUCGUGGGCCAGAGGAAGAGGAAGAUGAAGGUGGUGUCGUUGUUCAGGAAGAUUAUGCUCACAUGGGAGGAUGGAAAAGGACUGUUAUUGUGCGCUCUGGGAGGUUUCUUUCUAGGGUUUUGCUUUUCGUUUUUGGGUUUUACUGGAUUCACGAGAGCCGUUUGGAUCGUGACUCACCCUUGGAUUCCUGUCCUAAAACUACUUCUGCAGAGAUUAGCCAGAAAGGGGAAGCCGCCACAGAGGAACCUGAAAGACCUGGAGCCAUUGUGUCCAAUCACGUUUCAUACUUGGACAUUUUGUAUCAUAUGUCUGCUUCUUUUCCAAGUUUUGUCGCCAAGAGAUCAGUGGGCAAACUUCUUCUUGUUGGCCUCAUUAGCAAAUGCCUUGGUUGUGUCUAUGUUCAACGAGAAGCAAAAUCGCCUGAUUUCAAGGGUGUAUCUGGCACAGUAAAUGAGAGAGUUCGAGAAGCUCAUAGGAAUAAAUCUGCUCCAACGAUUAUGCUUUUUCCAGAAGGAACAACUACCAAUGGAGACUACCUACUUACAUUCAAGUCUGGUGCAUUUUUGGCUGGAACUCCUGUUCUUCCGGUAAUCUUAAAAUACCCAUACGAGCGGUUUAGCGUGGCAUGGGAUACAAUUUCCGGGGCACGCCACAUCUUAUUCCUUCUCUGUCAAUUCGUAAAUCACUUGGAAGUCAUACGGUUACCUGUAUACUACCCAUCACAAGAAGAGAAAGAUGAUCCCAAACUUUAUGCUAGCAAUGUUCGGAGAUUAAUGGCCACCGAGGGUAACUUGAUUUUAUCGGAUUUAGGACUUGGCGACAAAAGGAUAUACCACGCGACUCUCAAUGGUUUGUUUUGCAAAAGCUAAUAUGGAAACUCGAAAUUCGUGGUCCGUAUAUUUCAUUUAUUCAUAGGAGAAGGAAACCGUUUUAACACAACUUUAGUGAUACAGAGAAUAUAUCUUAUUUCUGAAACUUGUACUAUUUGCCUCUGUUCCCAGCUGAAGCAACUUUAGACACACACCAUACACACACAGCAUAUAGUUCUUCAUCCUCCUGAGAACUUCAAUGUAGAUCAAUGAUUCAAUCGAAAUACCAGGUUAAGAUC